AUGAGGUUCUUUCAGAUGGCAGCUGUGCCUGCCUUGUCUGCUACACUGGCGAAUGCCCAAAACAUUCCAAAGAAAGUCACCAUCUUGACUCCUUUAAUGGGCUCCACGGUCGGCAUGAAGGGCAUGGGGUGGAUGAUGGAUGUUGUAGCAGAAUUUUCUGCACCAUCGGCCGCUACCUCAUCGGCGGUUGCCACAGCUACUCCUAGCUCGUCGGGCGGCGGCGGAGGGUACCGACGUUCCAACCCAACGACGGACCCCGAUGAUGGAUUCUUUCCCUUUCUCAACUCCCCGAACCUCACUACGUUUGGUCCUGGUCCGAAUCAGGCGGCCCCGGGUUUCGUGUGCCUACUCAACACCUCAUCCAACCCAAGCCAGAACUUUGCCGGUGCGUUCCAGCUGAACGCCAUCACAAACUCUGACAAGCAAGGCAAUAUAUUAGAGGCCUAUUUCUCGUGGUUCGUCGGAGCCCCUAACUUUGCCUCCAAUGCCAACGCCGCCGCUACAGUCUUCUUCUUGAAGGGCGCCGCUCCGGCCAACUAUACCGGCGACCCGAAGACCGAUCCCAACAUCAUCUCAAACGUUGCUACCGUCACAUUCUCUAUUUUCGGCGACGCCGCUUCCAACGCCACGUCUGCUUCGUCCGUGGACUCACCACUAAGCAUUACGCUCUUUACGCCAAGAUCCGGGGAGCUGGUGGGCAAGAACGGUUCUGGUUGGAUGGUGGACAUGGUGAUUGGCAAUAAUGACACCAAGGCCAAUUACUUCGCCCCUUCCAGGAGCUACGAGCCACUCUACCACGACAACUUCACCGACAAGGACUUUUCUCCUGGUGCCAGCAAGGCGGUUCCGGGACUCGUCGUUUUGUCCAAUAGCUCGACCCUUCCUGGCGGCGCCAGCACGAAUCUGGCAAACCUUUUCCAGAUCAACGCCGUUACGCGUGUCCAGAAUCGUAUCAUCACCGAGUAUUGGUGUACGUGGUUCGUCGGCUCGCCUUUUGCCGGCAUGAAUCAGCCCUCUAGCCUCACCAUGUUUGUUGUCAACGGAACGGCGCCGUCCUCGGUCGGCAAGACCAUGCCAUCCAACAUUAUCUCCAAUGUCAUGACGGUCAACUUCACGUUGGCGGGACCGAGCUCCGCCUCAGCCGACUCAAAGGGAUCAACGUCUAGUGCCGGUAGGCUGGAUCUUGCGAUCGGCUCGCUUUUUUUGGGUUUAUUGGUCUUUUUGUUCUAA